GGCGACGUAGCGCGAGCUCCUGUCAGGUGCCGUUGCCGGGAGAGCGGGAUGCUCCUGGAGCCGCCGUCGCCCCCUCGGCCCCGCCAUGGAGGUGGAAGAGGCGUUCCCCUUGGUGGGCCAGAUGGGGCCCUUCCAGGUCUGGCUCUGCGUCCUGCUGGCCGCGCUGCUGCAGCUUUACGUUGCCAGCGAAGCCAUCCUCAUUGCACUGGUGGGGGCGACACCUCCUUACCACUGGGACCUCGAAAGGAUCUCGGCUAAUUGGAGCCAUAGCAACCAGUCGGUGAGCGAGGAGGAACGAGCGUUUGGGAAGUGGCUGCUGACCGCCAAUGGCAGCGAGGUCCACAAACACGUUCACUUCAGUGGCAGCUUUACGUCAAUCGCCUCUGAGUGGUUUUUAAUCGGCAGCACAUCAUACAAGAUCAGCGCCGCCAGCUCAUUUUUCUUCAGCGGUGUUUUUGUGGGGGUGAUCACCUUCGGCCAACUCUCCGAUCGUUUUGGACGGAAGAAGGUCUAUCUUAUAGGUUUUGCCCUUGACAUCCUGUUUGCCCUCGCAAAUGGCUUCUCCCCUUCCUACGAGUUCUUUGCCGUCUCUCGCUUCUUGGUGGGCGUCAUGAACGGCGGGAUGUCGCUGGUGGCUUUUGUCCUACUGAACGAGUGCGUGGGCACCACUUACUGGGCGUUGGCAGGAUCAAUUGGUGGCCUCUUCUUUGCUGUGGGAAUUGCUCAGUACGCUUUGUUAGGAUACCUCAUUCGCUCCUGGAGGAUGUUGGCAGUUGUGGUUAACCUGGAGGGGACGUUGGUCUUCCUGCUCUCCCUAUUCAUUCCCGAAUCCCCUCGCUGGCUGUACUCGCAGGGCCGGCUGAGCGAAGCCGAGGAGGCCCUCUUCCUCAUCGCAAAGAGGAACCGUAAGCCCAAGUGCACUUUUUUCCUCGCGCUGCCCUCGGACAGGACCCACAAGGAAGUGGGCAGUAUCCUGGACCUGUUCCGAUACAAGAUCCUCCUGGGACGGACUCUGGUGAUGAUGUUCAUCUGGUUUGUCUGCAGCUUAGUUUAUUACGGUCUUACUCUCAAUGCAGGCGACCUGGGGGGCAGCAUCUAUGCCAACCUGGCCCUUUCCGGACUGAUCGAGAUUCCGGCGUACCCGCUCUGUAUCUACUUGAUCAAUCAAAAAUGGUUCGGCCGGAAACGGACCCUGGCGGCGUUCUUAUUCCUGGGAGGACUGGCUUCCCUCGUUGUCAUGUUUCUUCCUGAAAAGAAAGCUACGGGAGUGUUUGCGGUGAUAAACAGCCGGUCCUUGUCUUUGCUGGGGAAGCUCACCAUCAGUUCCGCAUUUAACAUUGUUUAUAUCUACACAUCAGAACUCUACCCGACAGUGAUUAGGAACGUCGGAAUGGGCGUCUGUUCCAUGUUUUCCCGAGUCGGAGGGAUCAUUGCUCCUUUUGUCCCAUCUCUGAAAUCUGUGCAGUGGUCUCUGCCAUUCGUCGUGUUUGGCGUGAUGGGCUUGCUGUCGGGCCUGCUGAGUCUCUUGUUGCCCGAAACCUUAAACAGCCCGUUGCUGGAGACAAUAUCCGACCUGCAGGUUUCCUCCUAUCGGAGGCUUGGGGCUGAAGCCGUGGCACUGCAGACCCUGGAGGGACCCCAAUCUGACCGGGAUAGCUCAGCGGGGAGCGAAAGCGAAGACGAGGAAUUCUACGAUGCAGACGAAGAGACUCAAAUGAUCACGUGACGAUGGAGAAGACACCUCUGUUUAGUUAACAGCCUUUUUGAACUCCCCAGUCAGCUCCGUCUGUACAAACGUAAAAGCGGGUAACAAUCAAGGGGUCGAAAAGACUUGAACUGUACGGUUAUACCUGCAUCGGGAGGAAAAGCAGAAUCCGUUGCUUACUGGUGUCUACUCCUCCAGAUAAAAAACGGUCCCCGGUUCUGGGAGAGGUCAGACAUUUUGUGGGCUCAGGAGAGGAUGCUGUUUGUGAAACCUAACAACUGACCCAGUCUGUA